AUGUCAUCACAAUCACUUCCUCCAACCAUGAGAGCCAUUUACUAUCAAAAAUAUGGAGGCUUGGACGUGUUGCAAUAUUCUGAUCAAUUUACUCCUGUUCCUUCCUUCGAGUCGAGUAAAAAAUCAUCAAAGGAAUUGGAGAGGAGUGUUCUAGUUAAGAUUGUCUAUUCGAGUAUUAAUCCUUUUGAUUAUAAAAUUAGGAGUGGUUUCUUUCAAAAUAUUCUCCUCGGAAAACCAUCAUUUCCAUUGAUACCUUCAUCGGAUAUGAGUGGUAUUGUGGUACAGACAGGAUCAUCAGCAUCGAGAUUUAAAGUUGGAGAUGAAGUAUUUGGAAUUAAUGGAGAAGGAGGAUGUUUGGCUGAAUAUAAUAUUUUUCAUGAGGAAUCUAUUGCAUUGAAACCAAAGGAACUUUCACACGCUGAAGCAAGUACAAUUCCGAUGGUAGGAUUGACUGCUCAUCAAAGUUUAGUGAAUAUUGGAAAGGUAAAGAAGGGGUCAAGAGUUUUAAUUUUGGGAGCUUCUGGAAAUGUUGGAUCUUAUUGUGUUCAAUACGCUAGAAAUGUUUUAGAAGCAGAAGUUUAUGCAGGAUGCACAACUGAUGCUGGUAUGGAAAUUGUGAAGGAUUUGAAACCAUUCUCAACAUUUUCAAUUUAUGGAGAUGCCAAAGUGGAGGAUAAGAAUGAAAUUAAAGAAGGAGAAACUGUAAAAGAUUUUGAAUAUAAUACACCUGAUGUGGAUGUUAUUAUCGACCUUAUUGGAGAUAAGGAUUUGAAGAAGAGAGCUUGGAAAUUCCUCAGAUCUAGACAAUCAAAAUAUAUACAAGUUGGUCUUGCUAAUGAACCAAUUUCACUUCUCAAAAUGAUAUCUAUUGGAACUUACAAUUCAUGGAGAAGGGUCAUUUCAACUUUAGGUCUAGGUCCUGAAUAUGUCUUUUUCACAAUCAAUACUAAAAAUCAAUCGGAUACACUCGAACAAUUGGCAGAAUAUCACACCACUGGAAAGAUACAAACACGAAUUGCCGAAGCAUUCAAUGAAAUGUCUUUGGAGAGUAUCAAAUCAGCAUUUUCAAUGGCCGAAUCCAGAAAUUCAAGAGGUAAAAUCCUCAUGCAAGUUUGCAAGUUGUUACCACAAUAUGAUCGUUCAGUGGACUUUAUCAAUAGAUCGAAAUUACCUGCUCACUAUCGUUUUGCACCAAUAAAAACUUUAUAA